CCCCCAGGGGUUUCCUGGCGGCCGUUCUGGAUUCCGGGGGGUCCCAGAGCCCCAAAUCCCGAGCGCUGCGGGGCCACAUCGGCCUCAGCCAGCUGCUGGAGGAGCUGGACUCCGGGUGCCGUUCCCGGCUGCUCUCCAUGGGCGCGGCCGUUCCCGACGGGUUCUCGGUGUCGCGGCCGUUCCGGGAGCUCAGCGAGGGCGCCCGGCUCGACCCCGCCAUGAUGAGGGCGGCACGGGAACUGCGGGAGCACGGGUUCCAGCCCGGUGUCCUGGCCAACCGGUGGCCGGACGACUCCCGGGGCCGCCGCGCGUGGGCGGAGCUGCAGCUGCGCCUCCGGAGCCACUUCCGGCCCGUGCUGGAUUCCGGCCGGAUCGGCGCCGCCAAACCCGAGCCCGGCGCCUUCCGGAGCCUCCUGAGGGAGCUGGGAACCGGCCCCGAGCAGGUGAUUGUGGUGGAGGCGCAGGAGCCGAGCGCGGCGGCCGCGCGGGCGCUGGGCGUGGCCGCGGUGCUGGCGCCGGACACGGAGUCGGCGCUGAGGGAGCUGCAGGAGAUCACCGGGGUCCGGUUGCUGUUCGGGGCGGAGGCGGCGCCGCUGCCGGAGCCGAUCUGUGCUGAGGAGCUGGCGCACGGACACGUCCGGAUCCGGCCGGGGGUGCGGCUGCACUUUGUGGAGCUGGGCCGGGGCCCCGCGCUCUGCCUGUGCCACGGCUUCCCCGAGUGCUGGCUCUCCUGGCGCUUCCAGAUGGCGCCGCUGGCCCGGGCCGGGUUCCGCGUGAUCGCCCUGGAGAUGAAGGGGUACGGGGACAGCAGCGCCCCCAGCGACAUCUCGGAAUAUUCCCAGGAGCAGAUCUGCAAGGAUUUCAUCACUUUCCUGGAUAAACUGGGAAUCCCGCAGGUGAUCCUGGUUGGCCACGACUGGGGCGGGGCCAUGGCCUGGAACGUGGCUCUGUUCUACCCCGAGCGCGUCCGGGCCGUGGCCGUUCUGAACACGCCGUUCCGGCCGCCCGACCCCGAUUCCGACGCCCUGGAGAAACUGAGGCAGAUCCCGGAGUUCGAUUACCAGCUCUACUUCCAGGAGCCGGGCGUGGCGGAGGCGGAGCUGGAGAAGGACAUCGGGAGGACCCUGAAACUCCUGAUCCGAUCGGCCGAGCCCGAGGAUCGGCUGCCCGAGAGCGUCGACGUGCGCCGGGCACGGGAGAGAGGGGGUCUCCUGGUGGGGCUCCCCGAGGAUCCCCCCGAGAGCCGCCUGCUGCCCCCGGCCGUGCUCCAAUACUACAUCCGGCAGUUCCGCAAAUCCGGAUUCAGGGGGCCCCUGAACUGGUACCGGAACGUGAGGGAGAACCAGAGCUGGGCCCUGCGCGCCCAUGGCAGGACGAUCCCGCUGCCGGCGCUGAUGGUGACGGCCGGGAAGGAUCCGGUGCUGAAACCCGGCCUGAGCAAGGGCAUGGAGAGAUGGAUCCCGCGGCUGCAGCGCGGCCACAUCGAGAACUGCGGCCACUGGACACAGAUGGAGAGGCCGCUGGAGCUGAACCGGAUCCUCCUGGAUUGGUUGGAAAAUCUCCCCCCGGAGAAUUCCUGCCCUGCAAAUUCCAAACUUUGAAAUCCUGGAUUUUUU